GCGAGUGCAGCGCCGAUUUUUAUCCUCCCCACUCCGUCCCUUCUCUUCUGAAUCCUCCAAUCUGAACUCCAGUCGGUGAAAUUCUUCGUCUUCUCCCAUUUUUUCCCUGUCACUUUCCGCCAUCCUUUUUCCUCUUCCCGGGAGCCACUGGCUCCGUUUAAGCAACGGCUUGUGACUCGGAGUGCACGAGGAGGGGAUCGACACUGAGUUACGGUGAUGGAGAGCACCCCUUCCAGGGGUGGACUGAAUCGAGUACACCUACAAUGCAGGAAUUUGCAGGAAUUCCUAGGAGGCCUGAGCCCUGGUAUAUUGGAUCGAUUGUAUGGGCACCCUGCCACCUGCCUGGCUGUCUUCAGGGAGCUCCCAUCUUUGGCUAAGAACUGGGUGAUGCGGAUGCUCUUUCUGGAGCAGCCUUUGCCGCAAGCUGCUGUAGCCCUGUGGGUGAAGAAGGAAUUCAGCAAAGCUCAGGAGGAAAGCACGGGGUUGCUGAGCGGCCUCCGUAUCUGGCACACCCAGCUGCUCCCUGGUGGUCUCCAGGGCCUCAUCCUCAACCCCAUCUUCCGCCAAAACCUCCGCAUUGCCCUUCUGGGUGGGGGCAAGGCCUGGUCUGAUGACACAAGUCAGCUGGGACCAGACAAGCAUGCCCGGGACGUCCCCUCACUUGACAAGUACGCCGAGGAGCGAUGGGAGGUGGUCCUGCACUUCAUGGUGGGAUCCCCCAGUGCAGCCGUCAGCCAGGACUUGGCUCAGCUCCUCAGCCAGGCUGGGCUCAUGAAGAGUGCCGAACCUGGAGAGCCACCCUGCAUUACCUCUGCUGGCUUCCAGUUCCUGUUGCUGGACACCCCAGCCCAGCUCUGGUACUUUAUGUUGCAGUAUCUGCAGACAGCCCAGAGUCGGGGCAUGGACCUAGUGGAGAUUCUCUCCUUCCUCUUCCAGCUUAGCUUCUCCACUCUGGGCAAGGAUUACUCUGUGGAAGGUAUGAGUGAUUCUCUGUUGAACUUCCUGCAACAUCUGCGUGAGUUUGGGCUUGUUUUCCAGAGGAAGAGGAAAUCUCGGCGUUACUACCCCACACGCCUGGCCAUCAAUCUCUCGUCAGGUGUUUCUGGGGCUGGGGGCACCGCACAUCAGCCAGGCUUCAUUGUUGUGGAAACCAAUUACCGACUGUAUGCCUACACGGAGUCGGAGCUGCAGAUCGCCCUCAUUGCCCUUUUCUCUGAGAUGCUCUAUCGCUUCCCCAACAUGGUGGUGGCACAGGUGACCCGGGAGAGCGUGCAGCAGGCCAUUGCCAGUGGCAUCACAGCCCAGCAGAUCAUCCAUUUCCUAAGGACAAGGGCCCACCCAGUGAUGCUUAAACAGACACCGGUGCUGCCUCCCACCAUCACAGACCAGAUUCGGCUCUGGGAGCUGGAAAGGGACAGGCUCCGGUUCACCGAAGGUGUCCUGUAUAACCAGUUCCUGUCACAAGUGGACUUUGAGCUGCUGCUGGCCCACGCGCGGGAGCUGGGCGUCCUGGUGUUCGAGAACUCGGCCAAGCGGCUCAUGGUGGUGACCCCGGCUGGGCACAGCGACGUCAAGCGCUUCUGGAAGCGGCAGAAGCACAACUCUUGAGAGUGCGGGACUGGACCUGGGCGGGGCGCACCCGGGAAGGCGGGCUGCGUGGAGGCUGGCGCGGCCUCAGAACUCAGGUGUUUUUUUUAAUUCACACGUCGGGACUCUUCUAGUUUAAUAAAAUUGUGAAAGUGAA